AUGUUCACUGGAUCAAGAGUGGGCAUUGUUAAACCCAACCCAAGAUACGUCAUACAUACCGUCAAAGGCAUUCCUACGGAACCAAAGACAACUGCAGCAGCUCUUAAACACCCAGGAUGGACCGGAGCUAUGGUAGAGGAAAUAGAUACUUGCAAGGAAACUAACACCUUCAGUUUAAUUCCUUUACCAACUGGUGUCAGACCUCUUGGAAGUAGAUGGAUUCACAGAGUCAAGUUAAACUCAGAUGGUACUUUCAAAUGUUUCCGAUCAAGAGUGGUUGCUAAAGGUUAUGAACAAGAUGAAGGAAUUGACUUCUUGGAAACUUAUAGCCCUGUGGUUCAGACUGCAACAGUUAGAAUGGUGCUGCACUUGGCAGUGACAGAGAGAUGGGACAUCAAACAAUUAGAUGUCAAGAAUGCUUUCUUACAUGGGGAUCUACAUGAGUCUGUAUACAUGAUACAUCCUCUAGGUUUUGAAGAUAAAGAUCACCCUGAUUAUGUUUAG